AUGGGAGACAUUCCAGGCCAAUGGGCCCUGCUCGCCCUUGCCAGCGCAGCAACCCAGGCCUCCACAAACUCAACAAGCGAUACAGGCAACAAUACCAUCAAAGGCUCAAACACCGAUUGGCUCACCAUCUUCAAAGGCUUCUUGCCCAUGCUCACUCUGAUCCUCGGAUUCCCCGGGCAAUACUUGCUGAGUCAUUUCCUCCACCUCAUGACCCAUCUGUCUGAAAUUGAGACUCCACUGCCCGGCGGUGUCGACUCACAAGACUCCGGCUCGGAAAAGUAUGGCCUCCUCGAGCAAGACGACUACAAGGACAAGAAACGUGUUUCCGCUGUGGCACCCAAGUCCGCCUACUUGACCUCCAGUAUCCGCGCAACAGUACGACACCUCAAUGCCGAAGCAGGGGAUCUAAGCAUGUUCAGAGGUAUCGGAAGCGCCAGCGCAGUCUAUCUUGUCAUGAUACCUCUAUCGCUGUGCAUUGAGUUUGUGUCCCACAAGCUUCCGUUGAUCAAGAAAAGUGGCCGCGUUUCUGAGGGUUUGGCCAAUCACAUCACAUCCCUUGUUGGAUGCCAGAUGCUCGCGACUCUCAUACACGUCUGCAUCUCAAAACCUCGCUACAAGUUCUGGUUCCGUCGUAUGCCAAUGACCUGGCUUGGAGUUCUGCGUACAGCUUGGGUUGCUAUCAUUGUUAAUGGUCUGACGGACGAUCUCGUCGAAGCAGCCUUCUACUGGCUCACUCCUUCUUCGAAGCCCGGUAAUAUCACCAUCGAUACCAGAGGCGAAAAGCAAGUCUUUCAACUCAGCAAUGGCCCUCUCGUAAGAAUCAGCAUCGCUGUCAUCAUCUGGUCUUUCUUCAAAUCCAUGUUGCGCGGACAGAUUAAGCCUUUGAUCCGUUUGGUGCUUCUCAGACCUUUCGAAGCCAUCGAGACCCGUGUGUAUGCUUCUAUGCUCCGAGACGAUGAAGACCCCGUUAUCCCGAUGGACCGCAAUUUCCAGGGUCGUCCUCAAUCCGGCGGUAUCCUGCAACAAUCUCCGGAGCCCCUCGGCUUCGUCGCAGCCGCAAAGACAAUCGACAAGAAGACCUACAUUCGUCUGGUCAAACUCAAGCUCAAAGUCCACGUUAUCGAAACACUCAUCACAUGGGCCUUCUGGACAUUGAUCUUUGCCGAAACAGUCUGGUUCUUUGGCCCUAGUGCUAUCUGGGUCGUGGUCAAGUUGCUCAUUGGAAAGCCUGUUGUGCAGUCUGAGUUGGAUGCUGUGGCAGGAAAUGUCACGAGAAGGGUUCUGGAUAGCUUGAUCGCUGGUCCUGCUGCUGGCAACUUUACCUCGUCAACCUUCAACAUGACGGUCAAGUCUGUCUCGCUUGAUCAGUAA